GAAGAGUCGGCCAAGGAGAAGCGAGGAAGAAAAUGACAGGGCGCGGAAAAAGAAAACCUAAAUCCGUCCAGGAUUCAAAUGUUGGAAGCAAGAAGCGGUGUACCGACUCCUUGGCUACGGCACUGUCGGCAGUGUCUGCAAAGCAGCGGGAUGAAGUAGAGCGACUCUAUAAGCUCCAAAUGCCUGAGGAUUUCUAUCAUUUUUGGGAGUUUUGCAAGGAACUGUCGUCUGAAGACCCUAGGGGUGCACUCAAAGAAACCCUUGGUUUGCGGCUGGUUGGUCCAUUUGACAUUCUGGCAGGAGCUCAGGAAGACCCCAAAAAUCCUCGACCCAACUUUCAUCUCCACUGGAGAUAUUUCUAUGACCCGCCAGAGUUUCAGACAAUAAUCACUGGCUCUGAGGACAGCCAGCACCAUAUUGGAUACUAUAGGGAUACUCCUGACUCUCUUCCCUCAUUCACUGGUGAGAAUGAAGCAAAGAAAGGCUGCACAAUCACUCAGAUGGGAGACAAUGUCUUUGCUGCUGUUCAUUUGUUUCUGCUGAGAAAGAGGAAAGAGAAGACGAGCCGAAAAGCAGGCGGCGAGGACAUUGAGCAGCUGGGAGAAAAACUGAAAGCAAAGGCGGAUGAAUUGGAUUUAUCUCUCGAACAGAAAACCAAAGCAAUGAAAAUGAGGGAUAAGAAGGUGGUUACAAAGACAUUCCAUGGUGCUGGCAUUGUUGUUCCUGUUGACAAGAAUGAUGUUGGAUAUAGAGAACUUCCAGAAACUGAUGCUGAUCUGAAGAAGAUCUGCAGAGCCAUUGCUGAAGCAAAGAGCGAUGAAGAGCGUGUUAAAGCCUUUGGACCUCUACAGCAGAUCAUCACAUUUGUUCAGUUUGCCAAUGACGAAUGCGACUACGGAAUGGGUUACGAGUUGGGAAUGGAUCUUUUCUGCUUCGGAUCUCAUUACUUCCACAAGACUGUGAAGCAGCUCCUUCCAAUGGCUUACAACUUACUGAAGCGCAAUUUGUUUGGGGAAAUUCUGGAAGACCACCUGGCCAGCCGUAGCCACGAAAACCUGGACCAGCUAGAAGGCCAUUAAUUUUUCGGAUUGUCAAAGUUGCACACGCUGCUGUGCAACUUUAAUUAUUAAAACUCAAGCGGUGUCCUGUUUUGUGUUGUUUGUCAAAGUUUCUUUGUGAACUAAUGCUGUUCUUAUUGUGUGGGAAACAGUUCAAUUGUUUCAUGAUUGUACAAGGUCAA